AUGGAAUCGCGGACUGGGCGGAGUAAUCAAAGAUACAACUCGAAAGGCGAUCGGUUAGUCGCUGGGGUGGUGCCCCUGACGGAGGACAAGACGUACGUGAUGCUUAUCCAGUCGACGAGGCGGAAGGGCUGGGUGCUACCGAAGGGCGGGUGGGAGAUUGACGAGGAGUGCCCUGAGGCGGCGGCGCGCGAGGCUUGGGAAGAGGCGGGCAUCCUGGUGCAAAUUGACUACGACCUUGGCGACAUCCGCGAGACGAGCCCGCGUAAGAAGCACUCGUCGAGCAAGGACUCCAAAGACAAGCCGCGCUCGCUCUACCGCUUCUACGAGGCCACCGUCACGAGUGAGGAGCCCGAUUGGCCCGAGAAGGACAAGCGCGAGCGCAAGUGGUUCACGUAUGUCGAAGCCAGCGAACUCCUCAAGGACCGACCCGAGCUACAGACAGCACUGGAACGAUCCACUAUGAAGAGGUAG